GGUCGGUUGUGGCUGACAACUCUCGCUGCUGAACUGAGCACGUCGUGUGGAGGGCUGUCUAGGUGUCUUCCUGGCUGAGUCGUGAGUUGGGACUAGGCCCCAGAUUGGUGGCCGUUGAGGGAGCAGCCGAAAUCCCAUGGCCUCCAUUGGCGAUGCAAUUUAUGCUGCUGUUUAGUCGUCAGGGGAAACUUCGACUACAAAAGUGGUAUGUUCCCCUUUCGGACAAGGAGAAGAAAAAAAUUACAAGGGAGCUGGUUCAGACAGUCCUAGCACGUAAACCGAAGAUGUGCAGCUUUUUGGAAUGGAGAGAUUUGAAGAUUGUGUAUAAAAGGUAUGCAAGUCUUUAUUUCUGCUGUGCUAUUGAGGACCAGGACAAUGAGCUCAUAACACUUGAGAUUAUUCAUCGUUACGUUGAACUUCUAGACAAGUAUUUUGGAAGUGUCUGUGAGCUCGACAUUAUCUUUAACUUUGAAAAAGCUUAUUUUAUCUUGGAUGAGUUCCUGUUAGGAGGUGAGGUUCAGGAGACGUCAAAGAAGAAUGUACUCAAGGCAAUCGAACAAGCUGAUCUGUUACAAGAGAACCAAAAUGAAGACUGGGGAAGUUUGUCAGCUGACGAUAUCUUAUGAUUGAAAGAAAUCUUAGGCUAUUGGCCUGUUAUGACUCCCCAUCCAGACCUUUGCCACGCCAUGAAUAUUUUAAUGUUCCUGUAUAUUAAUACCUUGGCUCAUCUUGCAUGGUGAAUCAGAGGAGGUGACCAUGUCUGCUUGCUGUUGGAAUGCUUUCCUGGGCUUCCUGGGCUCUGAAGUUUACGUCAAUGUUGUACAAAUGAAAUGUGACAGAAACAUCAGCACUUUGUCAUCUCGCUGCCUGGUGUUGUACUCAUAUUUGUGUUCAGUUCAUUUUAACUUUGUUCACUGCUAUCCUAGUUCCAAUUGUACACUAUAAAAUUUGAGUCUGUACCUUUUGGGUUUAACAUUUGUUUUAUUGUGCAUCAAGCAGCUCUGAAAUCAAACUAAAUUUAAUACCAACGUCAUUGAAGGAAACUGACUCGUGUGUAACAUGCAGAAUAUAGAAAAUGGUGCCUGGAAAUGGUCUCAGUUGUAGCUGAAGUAAGAACUGGAAGUCCCAGACCGCAGAAAUAACUAGUUACAGAUUUGUUAAUUAUGUAACCUGCUUCAAUCAAUUGCACCCAUAUAUUAUUUGCUACAAUUAUACUAGUGGGGUGAAGAAAAGUUAAUCAAACCUUGGGCUGUUUAAAUCCAUUUCACUCCUAUAAGGUGAUUUGUAGUUUAGUUAUCAUAAACUAAUCAUUUUUCAUGUGUGUAUCCAGCUGACCAGGUACAUUUAAGAUUAAUGUUGAAACACAGUUCCACACCUGUUUAUUGCAUAAAUCAGUAUAUAUUUUGCAAUGGAUGCUUUUGUGUCUGUAUUGUGACCUACCCCUUGCCCAUCUGGACAGCAAGUGAGAAGAUUGUUGAUUUGAGGUCCAUGCAUACUUAAGGGUAGGUUCAGGUAGGCUGAGGGACAGAAAGAUGAAGCUUACAACAGUUUUUGUUUACACGUGCUUUUCUUUCGGGGGAAAAUAAGGCCAUAGUGGGAUUCUUCUUACUCUCCGGUGUUGGAGUAUCAGAUUAGAGAUGAAUGACUCUUUUCUCUAUUUGUCACAACUCUGGAAUAUUUCCCAGUGCAAGGUGUUUCUAAUUUUUGCUGAUUAGUAUUGCAGUAUAAAUUACUUCUGUUGUAGGAGAAAAGAUUUCUGAUACAGUUGGUUGUCCAAAGCUUGGCAGUUAGCAAUGUUCUGAUGCCCACAUGGCUAUCAUCAUGUAUGGGUGCUUGUGGUAUGUUGAGAAUGAGAGAACAUGAAUAAAGCUGCUCAACAACAUGACACCAAUUGGAGAAUUUGCUGCCACCAUUCUAUUUUUGGGUUUGAUUUUUGAGAGCCAUGUUGACUUGCAUGCAGUUUAAAUUUUAAUAAAUUAACUCUGCUCUGGUCUUUUCAAUCCUAAAGCAAUUUCAUGUUUAUUAGGUGAAAUAUGAAGCUGGGCAAAACAUCUUGUUUUAAUGGAGGUUCAUAAUUUAUGCUGCCAGCCAAUUUGUUUGUGUAAUUUUACAGUGUUAGUCAUGUGUCGUUCCUGUGCUUUAUGAUUUUUCCUCUCCUGACAGAGGAAAUGAAUAUUCUUUCAAGGAUGGACAAUGGAAACUAAUGCAAUCACUGAGUUGCACAGGAGUUCACAAGAUGGUGUGAUUAAAGUAUCAGGAAUAGAAAGUUGAAGGGCUAAGCUUAGUAAAAAGCAGAGAGAAUGAUCAGUGUUAGAGCUGCAAUAUUAAGGUUAGUUGUCAAGAAUUGCUCAACUUGAGCUGUAUUUCAUACGUGGUCUUUCAGAAUAAACAUACCAUUUGAGCAAUUCUACACAUUAAACAAGUUUGUAAAACGUUCCAAUUGAAGUAGUGUGACAGGAGAUGUCCAUUUUCCUCCCUGCCUCCUCCUGUGCAAGGGAGCAUUAAUUUGAACCUGCCCUGACCAAAAUUAUUAACUUCUAAUUUCCUAAAAAAGGAUCACAGUAUCCAAUUGGCAGGAAUCAUCCCAGCCUAUUGUAUACAUCUUGUAUUAUGUAUUUUUCUUAACUAACAUUUUUGGUGCUUGGUGUAUCUAGAUGUUCUCAUUUUGACAGCUUUCAUGUAUUAACGAUAUAAACUGAGUCCCAUUCUUUUGGAAUGUGUAAUGUAAUUGUAUUUGUUUGAAAUUGCCACCCAGCCCUAGAAAUUGUGGAUAGUUUGUCAAGUUAAAUCUAAAGCCAGUUCAAGGGAAAUUGCUGCCUUUUCAAUUUGAUCUAACAACUGCUGCCCUUCAGGAAAUCCAACCAGACAUGCUUGCUUUUUUCAGGCUGUCAUUCAGACAAGUGUCAACAAGUAACCCAUGAAAGUGGAAACCUCAUGUAUAUUUUACUGUAUUCUGCUCCCACGAGUGUGCCACAUUUAGCUCGUUUCCAUCUUUUAAGAGACGAGGUGGCCUUGAACUAUUUCUAUAAAUUUACAGACUACAUAUUCACAUGAAACCCUCAACUAAUCAAAUGAACACUAAAUCAUAGCACUUCAAUAGUGACUGGCUGUUUAAAUAUGAAUUAAGUGUUUGCUGAACAUCAUUUGACUUUCUGUAGACUUCCAUAGUCUGCUGUUUAGAAACAUAUUGAUUAUUCCUAUGUUUGUAAUUUGUGCUUCAGAAACAAGUAUAUUUAGCUUUAAUUAUUUGUAUUGUGAUUGGGGGCAACUCGUUUAGGCACAGUCUGAUUAAAAAGAUGGCAAUACUUCUGUUAUCAAAAUUCAAUAGUUUACACUAACUGGUAUGUUGGCUUUUGUUGCUAUGCAUUAAGCUGACUGAAAUUGUGAUUUUAUUUGUAAUUGUAAAAUUGCUUGCUUCGAAAGUGCAUGUUUCUGGCAUGUUAUAAAUAAAACAGUGCUGCAUGCAUCAAGGCUGUUUCCUGUGGCUAUAUUUCCUAUCUCUCCAAACUUCUGAUGGUUGAUGUAUAUUUCAGGUAUUCUGCUUUUGCUUUAAUAGUAAAAUAGUAAGAAGAUCAUAAUAAAACAAUUAACUUGAAAGUCAGUGAUUGAACACCGGCCAAAUUCAAUGAGUCACCAUUAGGUCCGUAUCUAUAUUUUUGCCAAUUUGACAUUGGCCAGCAGUACCAGUACUGGGUUGUUUCUCUGAUUUUAAGCUGGUUAUUUCCCUCCCAUAAACUUCAGCUUCAAUCUUGACUGGAUACCGGAAUAAUUUUUUUAAACAAUGUUUAUUUACCAAAAGAAUUGUGUUCCACAUAGUAUUUGCUUUACUUUUUGCACCUGGCUGUACAUUCUUUCACAGUUUUAACAAUUGGAUUAUAAUUUAAUGCGAUCAUAUUACACAUUCUAGUAUAUAAAAUUGGAAAUUUGGCCUGGAGUAUAAUUUCAUGAUGAACUGAACAAGAGAAUUUCAAUCUUUAGAUUGCCUUGGGUUAAGUAGGAAAAUUAACUGGAUUUACACAUCAGGAUUACUUGGCAAAAGACUCACAAUAGCAAAGCUGCUAAGACUCACUCAUUUAUGAAGCAGUUCUCUCUAUGAUCUGUAAUUUCUUCUGCUGUUAAACUAACUGGUUCAAUUUCAAUUUGGUAUGAAUUCUUAAUGAAGUUUAUACCCAAUGUUGUGGGUUUGUUUAUGUCUUAAACAUUUUGGUAACUUUGACUAGACAUUUAGAAAAAUGUUUUGCUGUGGAUGUACCUUACCCUGUCAGCCCUCCAGAUUUCAUUUGCAGCUCCUGCAUUCCAAUCUUCUAAUUCUGUCUUGGAAUCCCCAUAUUCGUGAUCUGUCUGUGCCACAGGGAAGAAUUGGGUACGCACCAUACAGGAGCGUUUUAGAUUCUUAUUCAUCUGGUGAUUGUUGCUUACCAGACCAUUCUUCAGAACCACCUAGGCUGACUUUGCCCCUGUAGAAAUGUUGCAUCCAAGAUAGGUCCUUACAGAUAUGACACCCAAGAAUUUGAAAUUACUCUGUCCCCACUUCAUGUUUUCCAUCUCAAACUGUGUUGAAUUUAACUGCUGAGGUGCUAAUUAAAGUAGAUAAUUGGUAACAAUGUUUUCCAUCCAUCUGCAGCAUACAAUUCUCUUUUGCCAUACCCUAAUUAGGUUGUCAAAGUAAGUUGUAAUUAUUGCAUUUUAAAAACAAAAUUGCACCUUGCCCCUUCUGAAUAACUCUAAAAUGUUGUUGUUUUUGCAAACCUUUGUUAUUUUGUCACAUCUACCUUCAGCAAUGCAUUUAGAGUGCACUGGCCCACCUGUAGCUUCAGUUAUAUCCAGAUUUCAAUUCAUCUUGGCCAGAUCAUGCAAGGGGAAAAUACAAAGCAAAAACCAGAUUCUGAGUGGCUUGAAAGAAACUAAUAGGAAAUAGCAACACACUGAAGUUUUAUACCUCCAGUGGAUAAGAAACUUCCCAGCAUUCAUCAGGAGUUGGUGCUGCAUUGCAUUAAAUAGGAGGAGGUACCCAUUAAAUUGAAGAUGGGUACAUUUUUGCAACUGGAAACGACUUCCACAAAUGCACAAAUCUUUUACUAAUGUUUUGCUGUUGUAUUUGGCCAUUUUUUAUCUUCUACCUUUUGAACACUGACUGCUAUGCUAAUUCUUUUUUAUCUAGUUUUGAUUACCAAAGUGUUUAAUUUUGC